AUGAUAUAUUGUAACUUAUUAGACGGAGAAUUACCAGCGUGCUGUAUCAGGGGGAGGGGAUGGGUGGCCAAUGUAAAUCAGGCUGAGAUAUUAACGACUCUGCGAACAAUGGUGAGCAGUGCCAAGGUGUUGGAAACGCCUCUCCUGCAACCGACUUGUACAGUAUUUAUAGCUACCGGCUACCAGAGGGCCCUACUGGUCUUCGGUAGUGGAUGGAAUGAGAGGAAGCUCGAAGAAAAGAAAUGUAUAAAAUAA